AUGAACAACAAAGUCAUGCAGAAGACCUUGGAGGCUUUGGAGCCCCUCCCGCCCCAAACUCGACAGCUCUUUGAAACUCAAUUCGCAAUUCUGGAAGCAGUUCUGAUAGAACUGGCGAGAAACCGACUCCGAAACGGCUUGGAUGAGGACCAAUACGAGCAGUUCCUUGGGCCUCCCCCGUCCGAGAUCAAUGAAGCCUUCGGAAACAUGGACAAGGACGUCAAGGCACCCUUGCGGUUCAUCUACGGUUUCUGGAGGAGUUGGACUAGACAUGUGCACAAUGCUCGGUGUGCGUCCUUCGCCGCAAGCCAGAAACUCCAACGACGUCUGGCCUCUCUGACCAUUUCCAAUGCUGUCGCUUCGGCCGACGGAGAAGCCUUGAAAUGUCUGCCCUGGCUAGAGUCCCAUUCAACCUGCCCUACUUGCCGAGCCACAAUCGAAUUGCCUCCCCGUCCGGACCCCUUCAGCUGA